CAGUCUCCGCCUCUCUCAGUCGUUCAGCCGCGGCGUCUCCACCGCCGGCCCGGAGGCCCGGGCGCCCGCCCCCCGCCCCCGGCCCCCGCCCCCGGCGCUGCCCACGCCCUCCGCCCGCCCGGCAGCCAGCGCUGCGCCGGGCCUCGCUCCCCGUGCGUCCUGCGGGGGCGGCGGCGCGGAGAGGCGGCAAGCGCAGCCGGGGAGGGGGGGGCAGAGGCACAGACAGAGGCGCGGAGGCUUGGAGAGAGGAGACGUGGAGGGAGGGACGGAGCCCGGACAGCGGCGGACACGGCAGCGCCCGCCAGGCGCCGAGGGCUGGGCACCGAGAGGGGCAGCCCCUGUGGCCUCUGGCCGUCCAUGCACAGAGCGCCCUCCCCCACAGCCGAGCAGCCGCCGGGCGGAGGAGACUGCGCCCGCCGGACCCCGCAGCCCAGACCCAAGCCCGGUGCCCGAGCCAUGGCACUGCCUCGGACACUGGGGGAGCUGCAGCUGUACCGGGUCCUACAGCGCGCCAAUCUCCUUUCCUACUAUGAGACCUUCAUCCAGCAGGGAGGGGACGACGUGCAGCAACUGUGUGAGGCCGGUGAGGAGGAGUUCCUGGAGAUCAUGGCACUUGUGGGCAUGGCCACCAAGCCCCUCCAUGUCCGGCGCCUGCAGAAGGCACUGAGAGAAUGGGCCACCAAUCCAGGGCUCUUCAGCCAGCCUGUGCCUGCUGUGCCUGUCUCCAGUAUUCCACUUUUCAAGAUCUCCGAGACUGCAGGCACCCGGAAAGGGAGCAUGAGCAAUGGGCACAGCAGCCCAGGGGAAAAGGCAGGCAGUACCCGCAGUUUUAGCCCCAAGAGCCCCCUUGAACUUGGAGAGAAGCUGUCACCACUGCCUGGGGGACCUGGGGCAGGGGACCCCCGGAUCUGGCCAGGACGGAGCACUCCAGAGUCUGACAUUGGGGCGGGAGGAGAAGAGGAGGCAGGAUCACCCCCCUUCUCCCCACCUGCAGCGGGAGGAGUCCCUGAGGGGACUGGGGCUGGGGGGCUGGCAGCAGCUGGAGCUGGGGGUGGUCCGGAUCGACUGGAGCCAGAGAUGGUACGCAUGGUGGUGGAGAGCGUGGAGAGGAUCUUCCGGAGCUUCCCAAGGGGAGAUGCUGGGGAGGUAACGUCCUUGCUGAAGCUGAACAAGAAGCUGGCACGGAGCGUGGGGCACAUUUUUGAGAUGGACGAUAAUGACAGCCAGAAGGAGGAGGAGAUCCGCAAAUACAGCAUCAUUUAUGGCCGCUUUGACUCCAAGCGGCGGGAGGGCAAGCAGCUCAGCCUGCAUGAGCUGACCAUCAAUGAGGCUGCUGCCCAGUUUUGCAUGAGGGACAACACGCUCUUACUGCGGAGGGUGGAGCUCUUCUCUCUGUCUCGCCAAGUGGCCCGAGAGAGCACCUACCUGUCUUCCUUGAAGGGCUCCAGGCUUCACCCUGAAGAACUAGGAGGUCCUCCGCUGAAGAAGUUAAAACAGGAGGUUGGAGAGCAAAGUCAUUCUGAACUCCAGCAGCCUCCCCCAGGCCCUGAGUCCUAUGCACCCCCAUACCGCCCCAGCCUGGAGGAAGACAGUGCCAGCCUGUCUGGGGAGAGUCUGGAUGGACACUUGCAGGCUGUGGGGUCAUGCCCAAGGCUGACGCCGCCCCCUGCUGACCUGCCUCUGGCAUUGCCAGCCCAUGGGCUGUGGAGCCGCCACAUCCUGCAGCAGACACUGAUGGAUGAGGGGCUGCGGCUAGCCCGCCUCGUCUCCCACGACCGCGUGGGCCGCCUCAGCCCCUGUGUGCCUGCGAAGCCGCCUCUGGCAGAGUUCGAAGAAGGGCUGCUGGACCGAUGCCCUGCCCCAGGACCUCAUCCCGCUCUGGUGGAAGGUCGCAGGAAUAGUGUAAAAGUGGAGGCUGAGGCCAGCCGGCAGUGAGGGGCACACUGGUGUCCUCAGAUCUGGGACUCAGACUUCUGGCUCAUACAGACUCCUAUGUUCUCCAUCCCUGGCAUCUAGUCACGACCCUGGAUCCUUCCGCUGCCCUUCUCCUGCCUCCCCACCUGCUCCAUGGACAUUGAACUAUGGGGCUUCAAGCAAUAAUGAGCAGGGGCCUGGCAAGAGGACACAAGGAGGGUGCGUGGUGCCCCUUCACCCUUGCCUAGAGCAAGGGGGCAAGGACUCUGCCUCCAGGGCAUUUGGGGUUCUCCCCUCCCUUACACAACACACUCCCAUUCUCUAUAGCUUGAACCAGUGGUAUGAACAGUUGGAUUCAGUUUGGACAUGGGGGAAAGGGGGAAUUCCCUGGUAAGGUCCAACAUCUAAAAAUCACAAUGCUUCCCCCCAGAACUGGGGGCCUGGGAACACUGGACCUGCUCCUUCUCCCCUCUCCUCCCCCAUUUUUGUGCUUCUAGUUUGUUUCUUUAAUUUAACAAGUGCUGCAGUUUGCCCACCCAUCCCCAUCUUUCCCCCAAGUCCUCAGCAACUUUUUCCUUCCUGCCCUCAUGGGGGUUGGGGGGAGGGUGGAUGUGGGGUCCCCUUCACUGGCCCCCUCAGGAGGCCUGGGUUGGACUCAGGGUCUCCCUCAACUGGGGGCUGGACCGCAGCACCUGUCUGAGCAGUUAGAGCGUCUUUCUUUUCAGAUCGUGUACAGUAGAUUAUUUAUUUUGUUAUUUUGGAAUAAAAUUUAUUUUAUGGCUUAGGAUCGAUGGCCCCUAAGAGGGAAGAAGGGUGGCAUGGGAAUGGGGGAGUGAAGGGAGGCUGGCAGUGGAUGGGGAAAUAGAAAAGAAGCAGCAGGUAGGGCCCCCUAAUACACUCAGAGGACCACACGCCUGGGUCCCAGACUCACCCCCUGCCUCUGGGCAGGAUUGGCCAUGUUGAACCACCAAAGCUAGAGCCACA